CGGGCCAUGUCACGUGGUCGUGGUGUUAGUAGCUGCAGACAGAGAACUAAGAGAAGGGGAGAAGAGGGGAUAUUAGUAAGUGGGAAUUCUUCACAUAAUUAUUAAUAAAUCCCAGACGACCAUAAGGAUGAUUUUUGCUACAGUCUAAUGUCGUUUUGGAUGGCGCGCCGGCGGGUGGAAUUCAGAACGACUUUUUCAUCUGUGUAGGCUACUGUAGUCUGGAUAUUUUAUACAGAUGUCAUACCGUUUGCGGUUUAUUUUUUCCAUCGAAUGGAAUAUAUUUUCACUUCUGAAUGGAAAAUUCAUUAAGCUAUAGACUAGGCCUACUUAAUACUUAAUAGAGCAUUCAAAUGCGUCUCGUAAUUUUUCACUUUAGUUAUUGGCAUCGUUUUUGCCUAAAGGGAAAUUGAGUGCCACCUGAAUAAAAUCGUGGUUUUCAGUGCGACUUGUGUUUCAAGCGCUCAAUUGACAAUGAAACACCUCUCAAUCACUAAGGACUCCGAAGCUAGCUGAGCUUAUACUAGCAGUUUCCAAGCACGGGGAACGAGGAUAGGCUGACUCGAAAAUAUCUGAAAAUACGGAAUUGUCAUCAAUACGUUGACAUAUGCUUAAAUUGAAAACAAUUCGUGUGGUGCGUUCUCUUUAGCAUUUAAUGCGCCGUAUCGCCUGGCCCCAGCCAUCACCGUGCUUCUCCGCCACGGACAUUUAUAUUGGAAGCAACAGGCUGAGCUCAUCCCACUCGUGAGAAAGUCGCCUUUCACCGGAGCAAUUCACUUCCUGUGUGUUUAUGCAAACCUUACGAGCCGAGUGCGUUCACCCGUUUCGUGCUGACUACAACUCCCCUUUAAACUACCUGGGAUAGUGGUGAACAGUUGUUGGAACUGGACCUCAAGACGCUCCCACUGAAGAAUUGCGGGCUUAGUGCAUUUCGUUUACGCGCAGGCGACACACAGCUGUGGAAAACCCGACACUGCAUGUGGAGUGCUGAUGGUUGACAGGGCGAAAGAGGGCGGACAAAAAACAGACGGGUUAAACAGCGUGCCUUGGUUAUGGUUUCAUAUCUAACUCCAAGGAGCUGGAAUACUUAAUUUGCUGUUCAUUCAGUGCGCUCCACAUCUACACCUCCAAGACAGCCACGCAUGCCCCAGGGGACCUUUGCACAUCAGCACUUCAUGCCCGCCCUGGUGAUGCCAUGCCCCGCAACCACAGCGGAGAUGAAGGCGGCACGGGGCUCUGGAUGAAAACUUCUCCGGGCCACCGCGCCGAGGGCUAUGACUUGAAGGAUGUGGAGUCCGGCCGAAGGAUGAUGAACAACGCCAGUGCCGGGGACGGUUUGCUGUCGGCCUCCAGUGCUACAGGUGCCGGGGGUUCGGAGAGCCUGAGGGGAAACAAGGGAGCCCGGCUCAGCCUGCUGGGAAAGCCGCUCAUAUACAGCGCUCAGAGCGGCCGGAGAAACGUCCGUUACCGAAGGCUGCAAAAUUUACUGUACAACGUGCUGGAGAGACCACGAGCCUGGGCGUUCAUCUACCAUGCGUUUGUGUUCGUGCUGGUCUUUGGUUGCUUGGUCCUGUCUGUGUUCUCCACCAUUCCGGCUCACCAGGACUUCUCUUCCGACUGUCUGCUCAUCCUGGAGUUUGUGAUGAUCGUGGUGUUUGGGCUGGAGUACAUCAUCAGGAUCUGGUCGGCCGGCUGCUGCUGUCGCUACAGAGGAUGGCAGGGUCGCCUCCGUUUUGCCCGGAAGCCUUUCUGUGUCAUAGACAUCAUCGUACUGAUAGCCUCCCUAGCGGUGGUGUCGGCAGGAAGCCAGGGUAACAUCAUCGCCACGUCCGCCCUGCGUAGCCUCCGCUUCCUGCAGAUCCUGCGUAUGGUGCGCAUGGACCGGCGCGGCGGCACCUGGAAACUGCUGGGAUCAGUGGUGUACGCACACAGCAAGGAGCUGGUGACGGCCUGGUACAUUGGCUUCCUGGUCCUCAUCUUCUCCUCCUUUCUGGUCUACCUUGUGGAGAACAAGUUCAACAGCGAGUUUGCCACCUAUGCUGAUGCCUUAUGGUGGGGAACGAUCACCUUGACAACCAUUGGUUACGGGGACAAGACCCCGAAGACAUGGACCGGCCGUAUGCUCUCAGCUGGGUUUGCUCUACUGGGCAUCUCUUUCUUUGCCCUGCCAGCGGGUAUACUGGGCUCAGGCUUUGCCCUGAAGGUCCAGGAGCAGCACAGACAGAAGCACUUUGAGAAGAGGAGGAACCCAGCCGCUUGUCUCAUCCAGUGUGUUUGGCGUAGUUAUGCGGCUGAUGAGAACUCGGUUUCCAUUGCUACCUGGAAGCCUCAUUUGAAGGCGUUGCAUACCUGCAGCCCUACAAAGAAGGACCAGGGUGAAUCGUCCACAAGCCAAAAGCUGAGUUUCAAAGACCGUGUCCGGAUGGCGAGCCCCAGGGGGCAGAGUAUUAAGAGCCGGCAGACGUCGGUGAGCGACCGGCGGUCCCCGGGGACUGAGGCUGGGGGUACGGAGGGCACCAGCCCUGCCAAGGUCCAGAAGAGCUGGAGCUUCAACGACCGCACCCGCUUCAGACCCUCCCUCCGCCUCAAGAUCCAAUCACGCUCCACUGCCGAUGCUGACUCUAACAUGACCACUGAGGAUGGGUUCGGUGAUGACAAGGGGUGUCACUGUGAGAUCUCUGUGGAGGACCUGCUGCCUUCCGUCAAGUCUGUCAUCCGAGCCGUCAGGAUAAUGAAGUUCCACGUGGCCAAGAAGAAGUUCAAGGAGACAUUGCGUCCGUACGAUGUGAAGGACGUCAUAGAGCAGUACUCCGCCGGACACCUGGACAUGCUGUGUCGCAUCAAGAGUCUGCAGACACGGCUGGACAUGAUAGUGGGGCCCCAGCCCCUGAGCAGCCGAGCCAAGACCUUUUCCUCUCCCUCCCUGCCCAUGUAUUACAGCCAGGGCAGAAAGAACUCCACGCAGGGAGUGGACCAGAUCCUGGGUAAAGGCCAGGUUCCUCUGGAUAAGAAGAUCCGGGACAAGCUGCUGUCUGAUGGAGACCUGCUGGAGGACAUGAGUAUGCUGGGUCGUGUCUGCAAAGUGGAACGGCAGGUCCAGUCUAUUGAGUCGAAGCUAGACUCCCUGUUGGACAUCUACCGGCAUGUGUUACGUAAAGGCUCCUCCUCUGCCCUCACCCUCUCCUCCUUGCCUCUGUUCGAGCUGGAGCAGACCUCAGACUACCAGAGCUCUAUCCUCUUCAAGGACCACUCCACCUGCUCUACCCAAGUCAGCAGCACCGGAGGUGGGCCAGGGAUAGAGGGCCAAGGGGGGUGCGUGACCCGCUCCUCCACCAACGCCUCAAACCUGUCCCGGGGACUUCACCUUAUCCUGGCGCCGUCCACCGAGCUCAGCCUCAACCUCAACACUGGCACCACCUCGCCUUCUACCAGUGGGCCCCCGCCCUCCUCGUUCAGUCCGUCGCCCCUUCCUCAACCCCACCAUCAUCAUCAUCAUCAUACCCUGCCGGAAAGUGGGGAACCAGUCCAUAGAGGAAGUUCUUCUCACUCACCUCCUAUUCUUACUCCUAAUUGUGUAUCUGGAGGUGGGGGGUUUCCUACUCUGGCCAGGCCCCCACCACCUCCUCCCCAGCCCAGCCGGACGGUGGGUCACUCCAGGCCGGAGAGGGAGAGGGAGAUGGUGAUGGAGGUGGGUGACUUCUGUGGAAGCCCGGAGGAGAGGGAGGAUGGUGAUGUGUUAGGCCCAGAACAAGGCCUCAGAAUCGGGAGGCUGGGGCAGCCAAGAGGGGGGUCCAGUGGGAAUAGCAAUGGCCGGCCCUGCAAUGCCAAAGCAGAGGGCUCCUGGAGGAGACGCACAAGCCUGGAAAUGGAGCCCCUGGUACCCCUCUCUUCUGCUCUGGGAGGAGGAGGCCGCUGUUCCUCUGGCUCCAACCCCAGCCAGGCGGACCGAAGCCUGGGCAAGUCCAUGUCCAUCCAAAACCUGGGGCAGGGGGGGUCAACCACCUCCAGGGCCCUGGAUAGCCACCACCAUCCUAGCCUCAGCCUCUCCUCCCCCAGCCCCUGCAGCAGCAAUUCCCCCACAGGCUCCCACAGUAGUCAGGACCCUGGGGGAGGGGGCGGCGGGGAUGGCUGGGGGGAGGAGGACCUCUUUAUCAGCGACAGGGACGUGGAUGCCCUCCCUCUCCCCCCCGAGGCUCAAGGUGGAGCUUUUGGCUUUGACUUCCUGUCCCAGGGGACAGCCGACGCAACCUCUUACUCAUCAGAGCUACUGAGGACAGACCCGGAGCUUGGGGCGGGGUUAAGUGCUCUGGCAGGGUUCAAUAGGAGCCUGGCGAGCGCGAGCGGGAACAUGUCAUCGCCCCCCUCAGUCGGGAGCACCGAGUCCCUGAGCAUGCCGCACGUACGGCUAAAAUAAGACACACCCCCGUGUCGUAUGGACCAAUCAAAAAACCUCACCUUACAGAGAAGCUCUUUAUUCUAUUUUGGGAGGGGGGAGGGGGAACAGGGAGGGACUAUAAUGGUUAUUUCUGUUUAUUUUUUUUAUGUUGAUUCAUUUGAUAAAAAGCAUAGUAUUUUUCAUACAUGUCGACGAUACAUGAACAUAUCAUUGCAUGAAUUAUUCUUUUUUUAAAGUACGGUUGAAGAAAUCGAAACAAAGAAAACAAAGAAGGUAUAAUAAAGAGAGAGAGAGAGGUGUAUAAAAAAGAGACUGAGUAAGAGGUUGUGUGUAUAUAUAUAUAUAUAAAUAUAUAUAUAAAGAAACAAGCAAAACUUGAUCCUGAAAGACGAUGGAUUGAUCUGUGAUCUCGAAACUGCAUGAGCACUGCAUGUUUUCAGUCCAAAUGUUAUGGUAUUACAACUUACCCAUACGUCUUACAUUCAUUAACACAGGAAGUUGUUGAUGCCUAUAGGCCUUAGGGCAAAACCCUUCUAGAAAACUUUUCCUUCAUUUUAAUACACAUAAUCAUGUAUAGUAAAAGUUCAAGUGUGGGGCCUCCUAACUUACAAGACGGGGCAAGUUAAAUGGGGCAAGUUAAAUGCUUACAAGUUAAAUGCUUACAUGAACCCAAUAUCAUACUGUUAUCCAAAGCUUCUGAGGCAGCCAUCUUGAAAUGAAUGUUGCCUCAACACGACCAAGUUUUACACACACACACACACACACACACACACACACACACACACACACACACACACACACACACACACACACACACACACACACACACACACACACA